AUGGGCAGACGUCCGGCCAAAUGCUACCGGUACAACAAGAACAAGCCCUACCCAAAAACACGAUACUGCCGAGGUGUGCCCGACCCGAAGAUCCGGAUUUUCGAUGUUGGGAAGAAGAAGAUGCCCUGUGACGAAUACCCUGCUUCUGCACACUUGGUGUGCGAUGAAGACCAGCAGCUGACUAGUGAGGCCCUGGAGGCUGCGCGCAUUGCGGUCAACAAGUAUAUGAUCACCAAUGCCGGCAGAGAUUUCUUUCACAUUCGUAUGCGGCCUCAUCCCUUCAAUGUCCUACGAAUCAACAAGACUCUCUCUUGCGCUGGCGCAGAUCGGUUGUCCAGUGGAAUGCGUGGAGCUUUCGGAAAACCCUAUGGCACAGCCGCACGCGUGGACAUCGGUCAGGUGUUGAUCUCCGUGCGGACCAAAGAUGAGAAGAUCCAAAUUGCGGUCGAAGCAUUGCGUCGCGCAAAGUUCAAGUUUGCCGGUCGACAGAAGGUCCACAUCUCCUCCAAGUUUGGAUUCACCCGCUUCACCAGGAAGGAGUACACGAACUACAAGGCGCAGGGACGCCUGAUUCCGGACGGGACGAACGUGCGCUGGCUCUCCAGCCGUGGGCCGCUCUGGCGCCUCAUUGGAAGAGAGAACGCAUAG